GGCGCGCCGGCCGGACACGGGCCGCGCUGGCUGCGGCGGUGGCCGCGAUGAUGGAGAUCCAGAUGGACGAGGGCGGCGGCGUGGUGGUGUACCAGGACGACUACUGCUCGGGCUCGGUGAUGUCCGAGCGGGUAUCGGGCCUGGCGGGCUCCAUCUACCGCGAGUUCGAGCGUCUCAUCCACUGCUAUGACGAGGAGGUGGUCAAGGAGCUCAUGCCGCUCGUGGUAAACGUGCUCGAGAACCUGGACUCGGUGCUCAGCGAGAACCAGGAGCACGAGGUGGAGCUGGAGCUGCUGCGCGAGGACAACGAGCAGCUGCUUACCCAGUACGAGCGCGAGAAGGCGCUGCGCAAGCAGGCCGAGGAGAAAUUUAUCGAGUUUGAAGAUGCCUUGGAACAAGAGAAGAAAGAGCUCCAGAUCCAGGUGGAGCACUAUGAGUUCCAGACACGCCAGCUGGAGCUGAAGGCCAAAAACUAUGCAGAUCAAAUUUCCCGGCUAGAGGAGCGGGAAUCGGAGAUGAAGAAGGAGUACAACGCCCUGCACCAGCGCCACACAGAGAUGAUACAGACCUAUGUGGAGCACAUCGAGAGGUCCAAGAUGCAGCAGGUCGGGGGAAACAACCAACCCGAGAGCGGCCUGCCCGGGAGGAGCAGGAAGGAGCGCCCCACCUCUCUGAAUGUCUUUCCCCUGGCUGACGGCAUGGUACGUGCACAGAUGGGGGGCAAGCUCAUGCCUGCGGGGGACCACUGGCACCUGAGCGACCUCGGCCAGCUGCAGUCCAGCUCCAGCUACCAGUGUCCCCCAGAUGAGAUGUCUGAGUCGGACCAGUCCUCGGCUGCUGCCACGCCCAGCACCACGGGCACCAAGUCCAACACUCCCACGUCCUCUGUGCCCUCAGCCACGGCCACGCCACUCAACGAGACCCUGCAGCCCCUGGGGGACUACAGCAACGGCCCCAAGAAUAGCAGACGGGCCCGGGAGAAGCGGGGCAGCCGUAACAUGGAGGUCCAGGCCACCCAGGAGGUGCGCAACGUCAGCAUAGGCAUGGGCAGCAGUGACGAGUGGUCUGAUGUUCAGGACAUCAUCGACUCCACUCCAGAGUUGGACAUGUGUCCAGAGACCCGCCUGGACCACACAGGAAGCAGCCCGACCCAGGGGAUUGUGAACAAAGCUUUUGGCAUCAACACUGAUUCCCUGUACCAUGAGCUGUCAACGGCGGGGUCCGAGGUCAUCGGGGAUGUAGACGAAGGGGCCGACCUCCUAGGGGAGUUCUCAGUGCGUGAUGACUUUUUUGGAAUGGGCAAAGAAGUGGGGAACCUCCUGCUGGAAAACUCACAGCUUCUGGAAACCAAAAAUGCUUUGAACGUGGUGAAGAAUGACCUCAUUGCCAAGGUUGACCAACUGUCGGGGGAGCAGGAGGUGCUGAAGGGGGAGCUGGAAGCCGCCAAGCAGGCCAAAGUGAAGCUGGAAAACCGCAUCAAGGAGCUGGAAGAGGAGCUGAAAAGAGUGAAGUCAGAGGCCAUCACUGCCCGCCGUGAGCCCAAAGAAGAGGGGGAGGAUGUAAGCAGCUAUCUCUGUACAGAAUUGGACAAAAUCCCCAUGGCCCAGCGCCGCCGCUUCACUCGGGUGGAGAUGGCCCGAGUGCUCAUGGAGCGUAACCAGUACAAGGAACGGCUCAUGGAGCUGCAGGAGGCCGUGCGGUGGACCGAGAUGAUCAGAGCGUCCCGAGAACAUCCGUCCGUCCAGGAGAAGAAGAAAUCCACCAUCUGGCAGUUCUUCAGCCGCCUCUUCAGCUCCUCCUCCAGCCCCCCUCCAGCCAAGCGGUCCUACCCCUCGGUCAACAUCCAUUACAAGUCGCCCACCACGGCUGGCUUCAGCCAGCGGCGGAGCCACGGCAUGUGCCAGAUCUCAGCGGGCAGCCGGCCCCUGGAAUUCUUCCCUGACGACGACUGCACGUCCUCCGCCCGGCGGGAGCAGAAGCGUGAGCAGUACCGCCAGGUGCGCGAGCAUGUGCGCAACGACGACGGGAGGCUACAGGCCUGCGGCUGGAGCCUGCCUGCCAAGUACAAGCAGCUCAGCCCCAACGGGGGCCAGGAGGACUCACGGAUGAAGAACGUGCCUGUCCCCGUUUACUGCCGCCCCCUGGUGGAGAAGGACCCGACCAUGAAGCUGUGGUGCGCUGCUGGUGUCAACUUGAUUGGGUGGAAACCAGGCGAGGACGACCCUGGGAAUGGAGUCAAGCCGGCACCGGGCCGUGACCCUCUGACCUGCGACCGGGAGGCGGAAAGCGAGCCCAAGAGCAACCACACAUCUCCUGAGAAGAAGAAGGCAAAGGAACUCCCCGAAACAGAUGCCACCUCCAGCAGGGUGUGGAUUCUUACCAGCACCCUGACCACCAGCAAGGUGGUGAUCAUCGACGCCAACCAGCCGGGCACCGUGGUGGACCAGUUCACGGUCUGCAACGCCCACGUCUUGUGCAUCUCCAGCAUCCCCGCGGCCAGCGACAGUGACUACCCCCCUGGGGAGAUGUUCCUAGACAGCGACGUGAACCCAGAGGACUCGGGCACUGAUGGCGUGCUGGCUGGCAUCACCCUGGUGGGCUGCGCCACCCGCUGCAACGUACCACGGAGCACCUGCUCCUCCAGAGGGGACACCCCAGUGCUGGACAAGGGGCAGGGGGAGGUAGCUGCUGUUGCCAACGGGAAGGUCAACCCAUCCCAGUCCACAGAGGAGGCCACAGAGGCCACAGAGGUGCCAGACCCUGGGCCCAGCGAGCCAGAGGUGGCUGCAGUGCGGUCUGGUCCCCUCACGGAACACGUCUUCACAGACCCAGCCCCUACCCCGCCGUCCAGCACCCAGUCUGGCAGUGAGAAUGGGCCAGAGCCUGACAGCAGUGGUACACAGCCUGAGCUGGAGCCCAAUGGGGACCCCGCAGGGGCCAGCAGCAGUGCCGCACCCACCAUGUGGCUGGGAGCCCAGAACGGCUGGCUCUACGUGCACUCGGCUGUGGCCAACUGGAAGAAAUGUCUGCACUCCAUCAAGCUGAAGGAUUCCGUGCUGAGCCUGGUGCAUGUCAAAGGCCGUGUGCUGGUGGCUCUGGCAGACGGGACUGUGGCCAUCUUCCACCGCGGAGAAGACGGCCAGUGGGACCUGAGCAAUUACCACCUGAUGGACUUGGGCCACCCCCAUCACUCCAUCCGCUGCAUGGCCGUCGUGCAUGAUCGCGUCUGGUGCGGCUACAAGAACAAGGUGCACGUCAUCCAGCCCAAGACCAUGCAAAUCGAGAAGUCGUUUGAUGCCCACCCGCGGCGGGAGAGCCAGGUGCGGCAGCUGGCAUGGAUCGGCGAUGGGGUGUGGGUGUCCAUCCGCUUGGAUUCCACCCUGCGGCUCUACCAUGCUCACACCCACCAGCACCUGCAGGACGUGGACAUAGAGCCCUAUGUCAGCAAGAUGCUGGGCACCGGCAAGCUGGGCUUCUCCUUUGUGCGAAUCACGGCCCUACUCAUCGCCGGCAACCGCCUCUGGGUGGGCACUGGCAACGGGGUCGUCAUCUCCAUCCCCUUGACUGAGACCGUGGUCCUGCACCGAGGCCAGCUCCUGGGGCUCCGAGCCAACAAGACAUCCCCCACCUCUGGAGAGGGGGCCCGGCCGGGGGGCGUGAUCCACGUGUACGGGGACGACAGUAGCGACAAGUGUGCCAGCAGCUUCAUUCCCUACUGCUCCAUGGCCCAGGCCCAGCUCUGCUUCCAUGGCCACCGCGACGCUGUCAAAUUCUUUGUCUCAGUGCCGGGGAACGUGCUGGCCACCCUCAAUGGCAGCGUGCUGGAUAGCCCGUCUGAGAGCCCCGGGCCCACUGCUCCUGCCGCAGACACCGAGGGUCAGAAGCUGAAGAAUGUGCUGGUGCUGAGUGGCGGGGAGGGCUACAUCGACUUCCGCAUUGGGGACGGAGAGGAUGACGAGAGCGAGGAAGGGGCAGGGGACGCAGGCCAGGUGAAGCCCGUGCUGUCCAAGGCGGAGCGCAGCCACAUCAUCGUGUGGCAGGUGUCCUACACCCCCGAAUGAGGCCACCGCCCGCCCUGCCUGAUGCCAAUGUGUACAUAGGACUCCUGCCCACCUGCCUGCCCGCCCUCUGGGGCAGCCAGGCCAGUCCACCCCCUUCUAACCUCUCAAUCUGCAGCUUUCACCGAGGCCCGGCCCCCUCCGCGGGCAGGGAGCAAGGAAAUGUGGGUCAGCUGGGAGAGAGGAGGGCUGGUGGCAUUCCCACCCAGGAGGGGAAGAACCCCUCAGGAACACUCUUUCCCCCAGCAGCUCCUGGCCAGCACCCAGCCACAGUCCUCAAGUCCCAGGGGCACCUCAGGGCCACAGCGAGGUGGGAUCAUGGGAACUGUGGGCAGCCUGCAGGCAGCCCUGGCUCCACCUGGGCUCCCCAUUCCCCAGCAGGGCCCCGAGCAGGAAGCGGGAGCUUCACACUGCUGGAUCUUCCCACCCUGAGUCCGUUUGCCUUUGCAUGCUGCCCGCUGGGGUGAGGGUCCCACCCUGUCUCCCAGGUCCUUGCUCUGCCUAAGGGAGCCGAGCCUAGCAACUAGCCUUUGCCCAGGGAGGUGAAGCUCAGGCUGCUCAGGUGCCUGGACCCCUGCUAGCCUCCUCUAGGGCUUCCCUGAUCCCCAAGCUUUUGUUCCUCAGCCCUCCACCCUGGCUUCCCCCUGCCCAGGGGUCUGGCAUGAAAUUGCAGGCCAGGGUCUCUUGGGUGGCUGCUUGAGAAGACAGAGACCAGAUGCCCCUCACCCUGCUGAAGCCCGAGACCAAUCCCUGUGUGGACAGUCUCUCACCAGCCCCCACUGACCCAUGUUCCCCCAGGAUUUCCCUGGGCCCUGGUGUCCUGCCCCUUUCGGAAGCCCCUAGGGUGGAAUUUCUCAGGCUGCCAGGGCAGACCCAGGCCUCAGGAAGGAAAGGCCCUUGGCCUCUCCUGGGGUCAGUCCUAGGAUGCAGGCUCGACCUCAGGUUUAUAGGGGUGGUGUGUCCCCAGGGCCUGCCUCCUGCACAGGGCUUCAAGGAGCCCUGCUUCCGGACACGCUACUAAGUGCCUAGGGUUGCCCGCUGUGGCUUGCUCCCUGUGACUCACUGAAGAGAGGCUGCAAAGCAGAGACCCGCAGGGCAAAGGAUGGGAGCCACCUCAGCAGGCACUAGGAGUGUGUGUAGGGGCAGGCGCUACCCUGGAUCCCCUCCUGGGUGGAGAAGCCUUGAUAGCCCUCUCCCCUACCUUCCCAGGCCCAGGCCUUACGCCUGCUCCCUGAGGCACUGAUUAGGGCAGCCUAGCCCCCAAUGCCCAGCCCCUUCCCACCAGAGAAGCACAGAUGUCAGGGAGCUGUCUCAAGAGCCCAGCUGACUGCUGUGGGCUGCGGCCACUAGCAGCUGCAGGCUUCUCCCCACUGCCCUGCCACCUCUCCACUGUGAUGUACGUGCAGUCCCUCGUCUGUUCCCACAGCAACAUAAAGUGACUCUGGGGUUAACUGGGUGGGUGCAGCUGGGGGAAGGGGCCGGUGACAAUUCUCAGGCUUUGGCCCUGCAAGUGAACCCCCAUAUCUGCUCUGUAUGUAAUAAACGUCUUAACAUCGAA